CGCUCCUGCCCCUCCCAGCGCGUUCCAAUUCCUUCCUGACACGCCGCCGCUGCCACCUUCGCAAUCAUUCUCUCAGCCCCUGCCUGGCAGCUCCGGUCCGCAGGGACCCACGUGCGCACAACCCUUCCCUCCCUCGAGUGCCUCGCUCACUGCUCCCUCGCAUGCAGGCUCGUACCAUGAGAGCCCGAUGUCCCCUGCGCCUCAGCACCCCCCUGUACAGCCCGCCUCCGCCUGCUUCCCACAGCUGGCGUCACCCACUCCACCUGCCCUGCAACAAGCACCACUCUCAGCAGCACCACACCCAGCUGCACCACUCCCAACAGCACUCCCAGCAGCGGUAGCAACAGCAACAGCAACGGCAGCGGCAGUGGCGUACCGGGGAGUGCGGCAGCGCAAGUGGGGCAAGUGGGUGUCGGAGAUCCGGGAGCCGCGCAAGCGCACACGCAUCUGGCUGGGCUCGUACGACUCGCCUGAGGACGCCGCCCGCGCCUAUGACCUCGCCGCCCGCAUGCUGCGCGGCCACAAGGCCCAGCUCAACUUCCCUCAUGACCACCCCCUUCCUGGGAGCGCACAUGUUACAGAAGGAGUGGGGAAGAAAGGGGGUAGUGAUGUGGGAGGGGGGGCGGCGGGUGGAGUGUGCGUGGUGCGGGUGCAGCUGCCGGCAUCUGCUGCGGAGGCGCUGCUGAGAGCGUCUAAAGAGGCCGUGGUGGCCUUGGGAUUGUCGCCUGAUGAAGUGGUGGGGCCCGGCACACUGCUGCCCUGGGGGAGGAAAGGGCCGUGCGUGGGGCGAUUGGGGGGGGCGAUGGGAGUGGUGGGGGUGGGGGGAGUGGGUGGAGUGGAGAGGGGUGAGGGGGCUUCCGUGGGAGAUGGAAGUGUGGCGGAUGGGAUGGGGAGAACCGACGGCGGGUUGGGACGGAGCGAGGAAUUAGCUAGCGCGGACGAGGCGCAACUGCAUGCGGAGGUCACGGGGCACACGGAUUUCGCCGAAUCCACCGAGCCAGUGCUUCGCCUGGUGUGCGACGAGUGCAGCAAGCCAUGUCGCUCAGCCACCGAGCGCGAUCUACACACGAAGCGCACGGGCCACACGGCUUUCUCCGACGAGACGGCUGCAUCCGCCAAGCCUCUCAACCUCGAUGCUGCGUCGGGGGGCGGCGAGGGAGGGGGAGCGAAGGCGGGCGGAAGUGGGGAGGGGCGCGGCGGGGAGUGCGCGGAGGAGAUGGUGGCGCCGUGGGUGAACCCGGAGCUGUUGUCGGACCUAGAGGCCAUGGGGUUCUCCCACAACCGAUGCGUGCGCGCCCUGCACUCCUCCGGAGGCGAGUCGAUUGAGAAUGCCGUGGCGUGGAUAGCGGACCAUGAGAACGACCCUGACAUCGAUACACUCCCACUCGUGCCAGCAGCGCAGAGCAAGCCGAAGAAGCAGCUGACGCCAGAAGAGGCAAAGCGACUGGCAGACGAGCUCAGGGAGAAAGCUAGGAAGAAGCGUGAAGAGGAGGAGAAGCAGAGGGAGAAGGAAAGGGAGAGAGAGCGCAUAAGAGCAGGCAAGGAGCUGCUGAUCGCCAAGCAGAAGGAGGAGGUGGAGGAGCGCAAGAGGCUUAUUGAGUUUCGAAGGCGAGAGAAGGAGGAGGAGAAGCGGGCGAGAGAGAGGAUUCGACAAAGACUGGAAGAGGACCGGCAAGAGCGACGCAGGAAACUGGGCCUGCCACCAGAGGAGCCCAAGCCCCCCGCUGCCGCUGCUGCUGCCGCCACUGCUGAGAGCAGUGGGGCCAAGGCGGCAGCUGAGCAGGAGAAGGCGCAUCUGCCUGUGAAGCCAGCAUCGCUGGCGGAGAAGAUGAGGAGUGCGCUUCGUGCUCUCAAGCAGGCGCACAAGGAGCAAGAGGCCAAGGUGAAGGUGGCGUUUGAGACGAUGCUCAAGUACAUCACCAACGUCGCUCAGCGGCCCACCGAGGAGAAGUUCCGCCGCAUUCGCCUCGCCAAUGCCGCCUUCCAGGAUCGUGUUGCGGUGUUCCCUGAAGCCUUUGAAUUUCUACAGCUAUGUGGCUUUGAGAAGGACGCACAGGGGGAGCACCUGGUGAUGCCAGCAGAGAAGGCAAUUCCAGAAGUACUGAAUGUAGCGGGGGCAGAGCUGCACUCGGCCAUUUCCAAUCCAUUCUUUGGCGUGCUCUAG